AGCGUCUCUUGCAGUGGAGGGACUCAAGGGGAGAGAGAGGGUUGAGGUUAAGCGAAGCAAGGUUUCACAUUCUUCCACUCUCAUUCUUUCUUUUCCGAAGCUUCGUUGACUCUUCCACUCUUUCUAACUAUUUUGGUUCAUCAAUGGAGAUUGUGGUUCCUUUCUUGUAAACGCAGAUGGGAUCCUCAUCUUCGCCGUUUAACUGUGAACGACAACCGUAGACACAAAUCACGCGUCGUUCUUUUCUUAUUCUCCUUUCAACUACUGGCACGGGUUUUCUUCAAAGGAACAUUGUUGUUGCAAUUCGUGAGUCGCUGUCAUUUUGCCAUUCGCAAGUGUUUUAGAAGGUUGCAAUGAAUAUGGAUCAGACAGAAGGGCGCGUGGAUUUCAAUUCGGGUGAUGAAACAAAAAAGAAUGAAAACAUCAUCGUGACUGAAGAAGCAGUGGAGAAAGUCAAAGGCUCAGGCAUCUAUUCCAGAGGUCGGAGAAGAAGUAAAUAUUUAUCUUCCCCCUACACAAACGUUGGACAAAAAGAAAAAGAAUUGCCUACUGAAACAAAAGACUUGAGGACACCAUCUCGUACUCGGAGAGCAGAGGCUUCAGGGGUAACUACUAGCCGAUUAAAUGGAUCUUCUUCAUAUGCUAAAUUGGGUAGCAAGAGAUUCCGAAGGAACUGGCACCGAAAAUUCAUCAGCUCUAGUUCUACGUCUGGCAGUCCAGAAUUCAUAAAUGCAUCUCCCAAUGAAUUGCUUUCAGGACUUUAUUCUACAGCUGUUGAUUGUAUGUUUCCUGUUGAGGAUAAAAGCUUUGAUUUGGUCGAGUGGUUCUUUUGCAGAUAUAGAGUAUCAGCAUUUCAUGACGAGGCUGAACUUGCUACAUCCCUGGUUAAUGAGAAUGGAAGAGAAAUAGGGAAACAUGUGGGUAAUGAUUUACCUGCUGUCAAAAGUGAGAAGAGAAAGAACAAUAAAAUGGAAAAUGCAGUAAGGCGUAAGACAAAAUCACUUUCUGGUCUAUCAGAUUUGAAUGGAAACACUUCUAGUGGGGGCACUCCGAGGCCUGGGAAAAAACUGAAGCGAAAGAGGAAGGUGGAAGAAGUAACUUCAUCACAUCAGCUACAAAAUGUUGAGAUAAAUUUAAAUGAGACCUGCAGCAAUUACAGCUCAAUUCCUGAAGCUCCUCAAAAUCUGAUUUGCCUUGCUUCUGAAGAAAAUGUUGUGCAUAUAAAGAGAGAGAAGAUUGAAGCUCCCCAAGAGCAACAAAGUACUGAAAUUACUUCAGUGUGUACAGAUGCGAAAAGCCAUAAAUGCAACUCCCUGGUAAUAGAUCUGCAGUUUAGAUCCCGACAUGUACCUGUUGUUUUUCCUGAGAAAAGUAGUGAUGAAAAUAAAGAACGUGUUUUCAUAGCUUCAAAUCCAGAAUCAUGUGUUUCCCAAGAAGGACCUGUCUUUAAUGUUACUAAUCGUACCUUGUUGGCUACUCCUGAGGUUGGUUCUGCUUCAGUAAAUAAAACAGUGAGGAAGAAAAGAAUGGAGAAAGCAGCACCAGAGCCUCUCAAUACUAAACUUGCUGUAGAGAUUCCUGAUUUGAACAGUACUAGCAUUGAAUGCAAUUCAGUCAGCCCCAAAUUUAAGACAAUAAAUUUCCUUUCGCCUGAAUUCAAAUCAGAGCAGCCAAGAAGCUUGUCUGCUGGUUCAGGACCUAACAACACUAUCAAUAACAAUAGAGUGGAGGGCAAUGGAGAAUCCCUUGGAACCUGUCUUCUCCUACGUUUCGCUGCUGGAUUUUAUAUCCCAUCAAAAGAAGAUUUAAUGACUACAUUUUGCCGGUUUGGUCCCUUGAAGGCAUCUGAAACUCAGAUGUUAAAAGACACUGGUAGUGCACAAGUUGUUUUUGUUAGAAGUGCAGAUGCUGCAGAAGCAUUUCGAAGUCUCGAGCAGAACAAACUAAUUGCCUUGGGUGGUUUGACUAUUGUUGAGUACAAGCUUCAACAUCUUUCUGUGGCAUGUCCGCCGGUGGAGCAAGUUGUGACCCCCACUCAACCAACUGGGUUCAUGCCAAUGCCAGUGGCUGGUGUGGCACAUCCUCCUCUUCAGUAUAUUAAGCAAAACUUGCAGAUGAUGGCAUCGGUCUUGGAGAAUUCAGGGAAUAGUCUUUCUCCUCAGGCGAGAGCCAAAUUGGAUGCCGAUAUAAAGAACCUUAUGAGAAAGGUGAAUUCCAGGAUUAAUGUCUGAACAUAAGUGUUGGAAGCUUUUCUUUUUAAACUAAUCAUCAUUGUAGUUAAGUAGGUUAGACUUAGUCGUCAGAGCUUUUGUUCAAGUGGUCUGGUGGACUUUCCUCUUCAUUUUUUGACUUUGCUCAAUUCAUUUGGAGAAUGACUCAAGGAUAUUUAUGCUUGGACGUCAUUUGAUUCAUUAUCAGAUCUAAUGUUUACCGAGCCGCUCAUCUGUACUUGUGCUUAUAUAUAUCAAGCGACGCGGUCAAGUUUUUUUUAACUUAGAAUUGAGAAAUUUAUGUUAGAAUACAAUAGUUGUCGAUAAAUACAAAAAUCUCACAUUCG